GGGUUGCCCUGCCUGAGCCAGCAGGCACAGCGCAGCAAGUGCUGGGCAGGAGCAGGUCAGUUAAUGAUUAGCUCAGCCAGCCUGCUGGGCUGCAGUUCUUCCACAGAGCCCCACAGCCAGCUGGCAUCCCUUUGCCAACAUGCUUGCCUUGCUCCAGAUGGCUGGGAUUGUGGGCUUACUGCAGGGGCUGAAACUUGCCCACUGCCAAGUGGGGGAGCAGCCAAGGGGGCCCCACAAGCAGGCUGUCCUGCCUGGGAGGGACCGGUAUGACUUUGCCAUCGUCAUUCCUGCAGGUGGCAUCGAGUGCCUCUGGCAGUUUGCACACCAAAACGGCUCCUUCUACUUCAGCUAUGAGGUGCAAUGGACUUCAGGCCUUGGCCACGACAGACACAUCCUGGCAACUGUGAACGACCCCAGCGGCAUCCACCUUGGUACCUCCCAGGAUGUGCGGGGACAGAUCAACUUCCCAACCCAGGAGACAGGGUUCUACCAGCUGUGCCUGAGUAAUCGGUACAACCAUUUUGGAUCUGUGCAAGUUUAUCUCAACUUUGGGGUCUUCUACGAAGGUUUUGAUCUACAAAUGAAUGAACUCAAGAAGAAGGAGCUCAAUGACACCCUGGAAGCAAUCGAGAAAAGCACCACCAAGCUGCUGUCUGAUGUCUUCCACAUGUGGCGCUACUACAACUUUGCUCGGAUGAGGUCAAGGACAGAUUUCAUCCUUCUCCAGUCCAACCACAACUACGUGAACUGGUGGUCAGCAGCUCAGAGCAUUGCCAUCGUGCUCUCUGGCAUCCUUCAGCUCUGCUUCCUCAAGCGACUCUUUGCUAUGCAGCCCAGCAACAAGCCCAGAUGCUGAAGCCUCAUUAGGAUGCAACACCAAGCCCCAGAGGAGUGGGUUAUUCAUGGCCUUUCCAAGGCUGGAACUUACUUGUGCGAUAACAAUAAUAAUAAACCCAAGGAAACCUCUUUACGUGAACUGACUGACUGAUCCCAGGGGACUGCUUAGGAGUAACGCCAGUCUAGGCUAAAAUAAAUAUUUAUUGAAAUGUAAAAAUAUGCCACGCUGCAGUUGAGACAGCUUAUAAUCCAAAGAAAACAGAAACAUUUUAUCUUUUACAGGUGUAGGCAAGCAGGAUUCUCCUUUCCACAAACAAUUAUUUUCUCCGCCUUGAGAUGCCACCUUCUAAGAAGCACCUGUAGCUGCACAGCCAAAAAGAUAAAAGGGA